AUGCACUCUCCCGUGUCGCCGUCGAUAAUGGCUUCUGAGGGGAAUAUCGGAUAUAUCGAGCCAGAAUCAUUCAGCGACAUUGAUUCCGCACUGGGUGAGUGUUUCUCCGAAUCAGAUACCGAAAGCCUGAGGUCGAGCCUGCUGCAGAGUGUGUCCGAAAACGGCCGCGGUUAUCACAAAUACAAGUCUGGGCUCUAUUUCAUGCCCAAUGAUGAACGCGAACAGGAGCGGCUCGACAUGCAGCAUGAAAUCUUUCUUCAGACGAUGGAUCGCAAGCUCCUUGCUGCCCCCAUUAGCUCGAAUUCUCUGGACGUUCUCGACCUCGGCACCGGCACAGGUAUCUGGGCGAUCGACUUUGCCGACGAAUAUCCCCAGUCCACAGUACUCGGGACCGACCUCAGCCCCAUUCAGCCCGCUCAUGUGCCGCCGAAUUGUAAAUUUGAGGUUGAUGACUUUGAUCAAACGUGGAUUUUCUCAAAAAAGUUCGAUCUAAUCCACGGGAGGAUGCUGGCGGGUUCCUUGGGCAACCCCAGAAGGCUGCUCCAGCAAUCGCUCGAGGCGUUAAAACCAGGAGGGUGGGUUGAGCUACAAGACUUUGCUUUUCCUGUCCGGUCUGACGACGGAACCAUGGUCGGCACCGCCUUUGAGCGACUAAACGAUAAUUUGAUGAAAGGCCUUCAAAUACUGGGGAGGGAUGGGGCUUGGGCGGCCAACUACAAAGAGUUCAUGGAACAAACGGGUUUUGUGAAUGUUGUCGAGAUCCGAUAUAAGUGGCCACAGAACCGGUGGCCGAAAGAUCGGCAUCUCAAAAGAAUUGGCCAAUGGAAUAUGGUCAACACCCUUGACGGCCUCCAUGGAUUCUCUGCGCGUUUGUGUACCCAGGUGUUGGGAAUGAGCGUCGAAGAAGUGGAGCUUCUGCUGGCAGAGUCACGAGUUGACAUCCAAAAUCCAAAAAUCCAUGCUUACUGGCCUAUUUACGUUGUAUAUGGACAAAAGCCUGAAGGACCGAGAUAG